AUUAACUGUGAUUUUUUUCUAAUUAAGAUUAUAUCUAAUAAUUAAUUAAUUAAAAAGGCUUUAGAUACCAAGUUAUUAAAAUAUAAAAUGAGUUCUGCAACUAUAAAUAGCAGUACAAGUACUGGUUAAAGUAAUAACAAAUCCUUUGAAAAAGUCCCUCAAUAAGUAGAUUUUUAAAACGAUAAUAAAUCAAAUGAUAAUUAAGUUAGAUAAUCUAAUGAUAAUCUUACUAAAUCGACUGCAUUGGAGCUCAGAUUAACAGAAGAAAUUCAUAUUUUAAAAAAAUAAAUGAAUCAAAAGGAGAACGAGUUCAAGAAGGAUAAAGCUGUUUUAGAAUAGAAUAUUGAUUUGCUUAAGCUUUAGAUUUAAGAAUACAAGAAAAGAGAAGAGAAUUUAAAGAAAAUGAAUGAAACUAUAAUGAAUUCGCUAAAUGAUAUUGCAAAUUAAGGAAAUAAUAGUAAAAUUUUCAAAGAGAUACAGCUAAAUUAUGAGCAACAUAACAAAGAAUUAGUAGAAUCAAGAACAAAGCUAUAACUAACUAUCAAUAAUCUUGAAAAUGAAAAUAGAGUACUUAAAGACUAACUGAAUGAAAUGAAAUUAUCAAUGAAAGAUUUAGAAAUUGCAGUUGAAAAAGAAAAAAUGAAUAAUGAAAGGGCUUUAGAAGCAAACUACUUAGAUAGAACAUAGAUGGAAAACGAUCUUUAGAAGUAGCAUCUGAUCACUGAAGAAGUUUUUUCAAAAGAAAAAUUAGCUCUUGAAGCUAAAUACUAAGAGUUAAAUCAUAAUAAGGACUAAUAAAUUCUGGAGCAAAGAGAAAAAUAUGAAGAAAAAAUUAGGCAAUUACAAGCUAAUUUUGAAAAGGAAAAAAAUGCUCUUGAGCAAAGAAUUUAAAAAAAUCUAAAUACCAUACGCAAAUAUUAAACACAUAUUGAAUAAAAUGCGAGUAUGAAUUAAUCAACACUACUUGCCAAUCAAAGUAAAAUGGAUAUAUCUUGUAUUAAAACAGAAUCUGAUAUUGAGUUAAGAUCUGAAAUUCUAAAGAUAAAUAAUGAAAAAGCUAAACUUAAUCUGGAUUUAUAACAUCAAAUACAAUAAACUUAUUAAAAAGAUGAGCAAAUACUCAAACUGUAAUAAAGAAUAAAUGAACAAAACAAGCAAUUAGAAGAACUUAAAUAAAAGCUAUCUUUUUAUGAGGCAAAUGGCGAUAGCUCUUCAAGAACUUUCGUUUCCAGUAACAACCUUUAAGUUUAAAGAGAUGUAUAAACCACACCUCAAAUAGAAAAAUUAUAAUCAAGUCCAAUUUAGAUUGAUCGCAGUGCCUCUAGCAUAAAUCGUAACUAAAGAAGCAUGUCAAAUAAUUUAUAAGCUUAAAAUAAUUAGAACAUGCCUUUAUAGACUCAAAAUAAAGCUUUAAGGGAUUCGAUGAAAUAAAGUUUAAUAAAAUAGAGGGUUUCAAACAAUAACUACAAUAAUAUAAUGUUAGAUUGUAUUGAUGAUUCUAAAGCAACAAAUGUAUAUUAGUCUUAAAUACACUAAAAUGGAUUAUCAGAAAUUUAAUAGCAAGAAUAUGACACCUCAUUAGAAAAUAUUGCUAUAUAGUCUUAUCCAUAAACUUAAACUAAUUAAAUGUUCAAUAAUUCUUAAUUGUAAUAGUAAUUACCUAACAAUGUUUAUUUGCAAUUGUAACAAUAGUUCCUAAUGAGCUAAGACGGUAGCAUUCUAUAAGAUACUUAACAGCAAUAGUAAUUAUACGCUUUAUAACAGUCAUCUAAUAAUAUUUUCAAUCAAAGUUAAAUCAUGAACAAUUAUGUAUAACCAUUUUAGCAUUCUGUUGAAAAUAAUAAUGUCCCUGAGCCUUUGACUGAUAUAAACUAACUCAAUAAUUAGUAUGGAAACCAAGUAAUCCUUUAACCUAUGGAAGGAUAAAUUUACACUCCUAAUUAGGAUAAAUAUGUUAACUUUAAUAACAAUUAACAAGAAAUAGACGUUUUCAGCUAAAAGUUUAUUCCUUAAAAUAAUAUUCAAGAGUUUAAUGAAACAUAAAAUGAAAGUAGGAAAAGAACAAAGAAGAGUUAACAUGAUUAAGAAAACAGGAAUUAAUCACCGAUUGUGAAUACUUAUUAUAACAAUUAAAACCAUAAAAAUAGCUAAAUUAAUAGAAAUUAAAGCACUUCACCCAUGAUUAUGAACGAUGUUACUGCUGAAAUGAUAUAAUAAGAUAGAAGCUUAUAAAAUAUUACUAAUUAAAGCCAAUUUAUAUAGAGAAAUGGUAGCAAUAAUAACUUAAACAAUAAUUACAAAACAUUGCUUCUGUGCGAGAAUUGUGGAUAGUGUUUCAUGCCUAAUGAUUUGGUAGAUCAUAUGGCUUAGUGCAAUUCAUAAAUUCAACAACAUUUGAAUAUGACUCAAUAACAACUUAACAUGACUCAACAUCAAUAAUCAAUUCUUUUAGAUAAAACUUAAUUAAUAUAGCAAUAAUAAUAGUAGUCAGAAGAAUAAAGUGAAAAUUUUUAUAAAAUAAUAAAUAGUCUAAAUUAUGAAAAAUAACUUGUAGAAUAAAAAUUGCUAAUAUUAGAAAAUCAUUUAAAAAAUAGUGAAAAUGCAAAUGGUAUAGUUGCAUAGGAUCGUGAUCGCUUAAAAUAAGAAUUAGACAAUAUUAUGCUUGAGCUAGGUAAAGCUAAAAUGAACUAAGUGGUAUAAAAUGAAGAAUAGGUAGCAUGCACUGUUGCUUUGAAAAAUGAAAUCAAGUUUUUGAUCAACAAGUUACUUAAGGCAAAAGGUAAAUUAUCUGAAAACAAUACCACCACUAAUCUUAAUCAGACUUAAAAUGUUGAAAAUAUUUCUUAUUUUAAUGAUCAAUUUAAUUAAUCUCAAAGUUAAUAUAACCAAAAAUAAAAUUUGAAUAGGAAAGACUAUUCUUCUUUCUCCAUAAAAGGAUGUGUUGAUUUCAACACUUAUUAAAAUAAUAUAAAUUAAUCAUAAUGCUUGAUAGACUCUACUUGUCUAAGGGAGUCAAAUUUGAUGAAUCCAAACAUUAAUAAAAGUAUUAACUUUGAUCAGAACUAGUUCUACACAUAAAAUCAAGUCAAAUAAGUUGGUAUGCAAUAAAACAUGAAUCAUGUAAAGAAAUCAUAGUAAUUAAAUUAAAGGUCCAUUAACAAUAUAUCAAAUAUUUCUUAAAACAGUUAUUUUUGA